AAAAUGCCCUUAGUAUUAAAGGUUCGCAGACGGGCGAAAAAUGUAGCCUUGAGGUAUACAAUUGCACAAGUUAAAGUGCGAGAGGCCACGAGCAAUAGCGAUUAUCCAUGGCGGCCUCCAACAGCAUUAAUGUCAGAAAUUGCUGAUAUGACACAUGAUAUAACUCAAUUUCAUGAAAUAAUGCCGAUAAUUUGGAAAAGGCUGAAUGACCAAGGAAAGAACUGGAGACAUGUCUACAAAAGUACGGUUCUCCUUUACUAUUUAAUUGGAGGUGGAAGUGAACGAGUUGCACAAGAAUGCAAAGAGAAUUUAUCUUUUAUUAAGACAUUAAAGGAUUUUCAAUAUCGUGAUCAAAGAAAUCGUGAAUUUGGAUUUCUCGUCCGAGAAAAAGCAGAAAAAAUUGUUGAUCUUCUAACUAACGAUGAAAAACUGAAAUAUGAAAGAACUCGUUUUUUGUUAGCUCAAGAACGUUUUACUUUCCUAAUUCCCUAUGAUGGAACUAGAAGAGCUGGGACAAGAUGCAGACGAACAAUUGAUUCUAAUGGUGGAUUUGAAGAGGCUAGGCCUUCCUCUUUGGGUGAGAAGGAAAUGCAAUUGCAAAUUGCUUUGGCGCUUUCUAAUGAUGGUGAUAGACCUGUUGAAUUUGAAGAAGUUAGGCCUUAUUGGGCUUCUUUGUUUCUGUUUAUUUGUGAACUUUUAACUAAAUGA